AUGGGUGAAUUGAAGCUUGCAGAUUAUACUGACCUAGAUCGUCUUGCAGCGGAGCAUGAGUUGGAGCUGACUCCAGACGGAGCUCACCUGCGAUGGGGCAAGACCAACAGGAAGCAUCCACGCAACUGGCAUCCAGCACGCAAGACCUAUGACAUAACUGUGAUCGGUCUUCUGGAGUUCUUCACGACUGCGAUGAGUACUUCAGGGCUCGAGCUAGGCACCGGAAAGACCUUCACUUUGUUUUUAUACGUUUCCACAUACCUUCUGGGUCAGGGUCUAGGCGGUGUGAUUUUCCCACCAUACUCGGAAACGUUUGGUCGGAAACGGCUCUAUGUCUUGAGUGCUCUCUUGUAUAGUGUCUUCUGUCUUCUGAUCGGCGCCGUUCCCUCAGCCAGCGCUCUGGUGAUAGGACGCUUGGUCACUGGAUUCUUGUCUGCCAUUCCAACCAUAGUCAUUACGGGGAGCAUCGAGGACUUGUUCAAUUCACAGGAUCGCAUAUGGGUGAUGCUCUUUUAUGUUGCCAUGGCAUGUCUCGGGGUCAGUGCGGGUCCCAUCAUGAGCUCCUAUGUCACUUAUCGAUACGGAUGGAGAUGGGUCUUCAACAUCGGAGCAAUCGUGACCUGUGUUCUUGCAGCGAUGCUCAUGUGCAUCAAAGAGUCCCGGCCGUCAUUGAUCCUGGCCCGGGAAGUCCAAGCGUUGCGCAAGUUGACCGGGAACGACUCGCUGCUUGCCCUCAACCCGGACUUCAUGCCGGACCUUCGCACCUUUGCGCACGUGGGACUCUUUCGCCCGUUACGAUUGUUCUUCACCGAGCCGAUAGUCUUCGUCGUGACCAUGGUGUUCUCUGUCUGCGUGGCCCUCAUCUAUCUAUUCGCCGAGGCUCUUCCACCCAUCUUCGAGGCCUUUGGCUUCAGCACGGAGGACUCCAGCCUGCCCUUCCUCGCCCUCGGGUUGGGGUUCAUCCCUAACAUCGCAACCCGCAUUCUCGACUACCGCAUAACACAGCGACGCCUGAAGGAGGGCCUGAAGGUGAAGCCCGAGCACAAGUUGACGGGCAUCUACAUCGGCGCCCCCGUCCUCGCCCUGUCGCUGUGGUGGUUCGCCUGGACGAUUCCCCCGGUCGGCGCGGCCAUCCACUGGUUAGUCCCCGUGGUCGCUCUCUUCUUCACCGGCUAUGGCCUGAACGAGAUGGAAGUCGUCGUCUCGCAGUACAUGGCGGACUCGUACCUCAGCUAUGCCGCCAGCGGAUUCGCCGCCCUCUCCAUCGUUCGGUCUUUGCUUUCUGCCACCUUUCCGCUGUUCGGCAGUGCCAUGUUCGACAGGCUGGGCGCGAACGUCGGGAUGUCGAUCCUGGCUGUUGUCGCGACGCUGUUCUGCAUCGUGCCACCGCUUUUGUCGCGCUACGGGGAGCGGAUGCGCAAGAAGAGCAACUUCGCCAAGUAUAGCUUGCAGGUGUAUGCGGAGAACGGGGUCGACUCGGACUUUCGCUAG